AUCUGCUUCCCUCUGCUCUCCUCUGGAUAACUACCCGACCUGCAGCAGCCAAUAAGAUCCCUUCAGGGUGUGUUGACCAGGUGACAGAGGUACGAGGGUUCAAUGACCCACAGAAGGAGGAGUACUUCAGGAAGAGAUUCAGUGAUGAGGACCUGGCCAGCAGAAUCAUCUCACACAUAAAGACAUCAAGGAGCCUCCACAUCAUGUGCCACAUUCCAGUCUUCUGUUGGAUUUCUGCAACAGUCCUUGAACACAUGUUGAAACAUAAGAGAGAAGAGAUGCCCAAGACUCUGACUGAGAUGUACACACACCUUGUGGUGUUUCAUACCAAACAGAAGAAUGAAAAGUAUCUUGGGAAAGAAGAGACAGGUCCACACUGGAAUAAAGAGAUCAUUCUGUCACUGGGAAAACUGGCUUUUCAACAGCUUGUGAAUGGUAAUCUGAUUUUCUAUGAAGAAGACCUGAAAGAGGCUGGCAUUGAUGUUAAUGAAGCCUCAGUGUACUCAGGAUUGUGCACACAGCUCUUUAAAGAGGAAUGUGGGCUGUACCAGGACAAGGUGUACUGCUUUGUUCAUCUGAGCAUUCAGGAGUUUCUGGCUGCUGUAUAUGUGUUCCUCUCAUUCAUCAACAACAAUGAGAAUCUAAUGGACAAACUGCAAUCAAAGUCCAGUAUCUUUUCUUCACUGUUCAGAACACAAACAAACGAUGAGUCCAGGAACUUUUUCUUGAGGAUCAAACAAAGGCGUAGAGUUACUGUCUACAAAUCUGAAGUUGCUUUCUACAAGAGUGCUGUGGAUAAAGCCUUACAAAGUGAGACGGGAAACCUGGACCUUUUCCUCCGCUUCCUUCUGGGCCUCUCACUGGAGUCCAAUCAGAAGCACUUACGAGGUCUACUGACAAAGACAAGAAGCAGCUCAAAGAGCCAUGAAGAAACAGUCAAGUACAUCAAGAAGAAGAUCAGGGAGAAUCUCUCUCCAGAGAGGAGCAUCAAUCUGUUCCACUGUCUGAAUGAACUGAAUGACCAUUCUCUAGUGGAGGAGAUCCAAAGCUACCUGAGAUCAGGAAGUCUCUCAGAACCCAAACUGUCACCUGCACAGUGGUCAGCUCUGGUCUUUGUGUUGCUGACUUCAGAAAAGGAGCUGGAUGUGUUUGACCUGAAGAAAUACUCCAGAUCAGAGGAAGGUCUUCUGAGGCUGCUGCCAGUGGUCAAAGCCUCCAGAGCUGUUCUGCUGUCAGGCUGUGGAGUCACAGAGGAAGGCUGUGCUUCUCUGGUCUCAGCUCUGAGGUCAAACCCCUCACACCUGAGAGAGCUGGAUCUGAGUAACAAUGACCUGAAGGAUUCAGGAGUGAAGCUGCUCUCUGCUGGACUGGGGAAUCCCCACUGUAAACUGGAGACUCUGAGGCUGUCAGGCUGUCUAGUCACAGAGGAAGGCUGUGCUUCUCUGGUCUCAGCUCUGAGGUCAAACCCCUCACACCUGAGAGAGCUGGACCUGAGCUACAAUCACCCAGGAGACUCAGGAGUCAGACUGCUCUCUGCUGGACUGGAGGAUCCACACUGCAGACUGGAGAAACUCAAUGUGGAACAUGGUGGAGAGAACAGAAUGAAACCUGGACUUAGAAAAUAUGUCUGUGAUCUCACACUGGACCCAAACACAGUAGACAGACGCCUCUCUCUGUCUGAGGAGAACAGAAAGGUGACAUGGAGGACAGAGGAGCAGCCGUAUCCUGAUCACCCAGAGAGAUUUGAGGACUGUGGACAGGUGCUGUGUAGAGAGGGUCUGACUGGGCGCUGUUACUGGGAGGUAGAGUGGAGUGGGAGAGGGGCUGUUAUAGGAGUGACAUAUAAAGGAAUCAACAGGAGAGAAGGGGGUGAGGACUGUUGGCUUGGAUACAAUGACAAGUCCUGGAGUCUGUUCUGCUCUGACAACCGUUACAUUGCCAGGCACAAUAAUCAUCCCACUACCAUAGACGUCCCCUCCUCCAGCUCCCACAGAGUAGGAGUGUAUCUGGACUGGCCAGCCGGCACUCUGUCCUUCUAUAGAGCCUCCUCUGACACACUGACCCACCUGAUCACAUUCACCUCCACAUUCACUGAGCCCCUCUAUCCAGGGUUUAGGGUUUAUGAUGAUUCCUUUGGGAUUUGGGACUCCUCAGUGUCCCUGUGCCAGUGAA